UGUACAACGAACCGCCCGUAAUCUCCCACAAUAACGUGGCUCAAUGCAAUUCUGCCUUGUGCCAAAUCGAGCUGCUCAGGGCUGUGCUGUGGGAGUUUUCGUCUGUUCCGCCUCGAGUCCACCCACGCCCACCACCGACCCAGCCAGGUCGCCCGCGCAGACAAAUCCAAGACGGAGGCGGUCAGUAGCCUCAUUGGCAGCCUGGAGACGAUGGUCGCUGUUAGGCUGCACCAGGCACCAGGCUCCACUUGGACAUAAAAAGAACGGCGGACCCCUUCUCGGCAGGGGUAAAAGCAGACUACGGGGGAACGACUCCCGCGAACCUCUGACCGAUGUAUCAGUGAGACGGAGACUUCUGAUAUGAGAUUGUAAACUGGCAUGGUUCAUUUUGGCGUUUGAGCCUGCACCAGGUGGGACAAUCACCAGUUCUUGCCCAGGCUGCUACAGCUGCCUGGCCGUGAGUCAAGCGUGCUCUCACAAGUCCAGGAACUUGAAAACUCAUUGUCUUCCUACAAAAGACUUGCCUCCGGUCCUUACAAGAUAGGGAGGUUGUGAGCCUCCAAGCAUUUACAUCGAGCUCUUUGCUCCCCUCUCACUCUCACCCAUUGACUUGAUACCACUCCAUUGCUGCUUCAAUCCCUCCUUAUCCAAUAUCCCCCCUCCAUCUGUGACUUCAUCCCUUAGAGCCGCCACUGAUAUCAACCAUGGCCGCCGUUGAGCUCCCUCCUCUCCCCGUACCAAUCCAUGACUUCGUCGACUACACCAACAAAUAUCCCGCCACUCAAGCGGGAGUUGCUGAGGCGGUCCGGCCUUUCAAGGCCUUCGAAAGCAAGCUCCGGGAGGUCUAUGCGCAGCAUCCGGAUCACCCAGCUGCUGCGGCUGAUCACCUCGUUCCGGUGUUUGGCGGUGCUCCAAUCACUACCAAAGCCAGAGAUCUUGCAAGCGAGCCGGCAACCGAAAAGGAGAAGUACUUGCUGUCUUUUCCCGACAAACUCCGCAGAAAGCAUGGAUCCCCUGCCGUCGUGGACUCCCUGGAAGAGUUCAAGAAGAACUUUAAUUUGUUUUCGGAGUCGUCUCUGGUUGAUCUUGACUGGAAUAAUGUUUGUGUGGCCGGAAGCGCCGUGGUGACUUCGUUAUUACCGGUGGAAGCACCCCAUAAUGAAUCCAAGCGGGCUCUGCGAACAUACUACAACGAGAAGCUUGCCCCGGCAUCGGACGUCGACAUUUUUCUGUAUGGUCUCGAUGAGGAUCAAGCGAUCGAGAAGAUCAAGCAAAUUGAGGCCACGAUUCGAGACAGCAUCUUGGCCGAGAUAACCACCGUUCGGACCAAAAACGCCAUUACUAUUGUCUCAGAGUACCCUAUCCGUCACGUUCAAAUCGUCCUCCGCUUGUACAAGAGCAUUUCCGAGGUGUUGACGGGGUUCGACGUAGACUGUUCCUGCGUGGCGUUUGACGGCAACCAGGUUUGGGCGUCGCCACGUGCUCUAGCUGCAUUCAUGACCCAGCUCAAUUCGAUCGACCUAACCAGAAGAUCCCCCUCGUACGAAAACAGGCUUUCCAAAUACUCUCACCGUGGUUUCGAGGCAUACUGGCCCGAGCUGGAUCGUAGUAGAGUGGACCCAACCAUCUACGAGAGAUCCUUCACCAGAGUCCAGGGACUGGCAAGGCUUCUUGUCCUUGAGAAGCUUCCUUACCCCCAAGACAGGGACGCCUACCUCGCGAAACGCAGAGAGGAGAGAGGCCGUCCACCUCUACGAUGGAAUGCGACUCGGAGGUCCCGCCAUGUAUUGCCGGGAGAUGUCAAGGCCAGUCACCCUGACGACGUGGGCGACUGGGUCGAGGAGGACGAUGUGUCGGACUACCACACUUUCACCAUUCCGUAUGGUCCGAAAUACAACGCCAAAAAGGUUGAGAAGCUUCUCUUCACCAAAGAUCUGUUACUCAACUCGGAAUGGAACCGGCCCAAGGACAGAAAGGCACGACUGCACCGCCAUCCGGCAUUUUUCGGGCCUGUAGAAGAUGUGAUUCACGAUUGCUGUGGAUUUUGCCCUGAGCCAACUACCGAUGAAGACUUUGCAGCCCUCGAGGAAGAAAGCCGGAUCUUCAUUUCGGGAGAUCUCACGUUCCUCAAAGACAAUCCGGGCCGGCAGGCAAUCGGCAGCUUCCACCCCAUCACUGACGAUGACUGGACGGAGAUGGCGUACGUGGGUAACACCACUCGGCUGUGUCAGGCGAUUGUGGAUCAAGAUCUCGAUGCGGUUCAAGACUGGUUUUCCUCGCUCGAAGGGGCGGAUGUCAACCGACGUGAUCAUACGGGUCGGACUCCACUACAACUGGCCGCCAUGUGUUCAACUCCCGAUAUCGUCCAAUGUCUGAUUGAGCACGGUGCUCGACUUGUGUCUAGACUCUAUAAUGGCAUGACCGCACUACAUAUUGCAGCUCACCGGGGCGAGACACAAAUAGUGAAGGCUUUGCUGGACAGGAGCGCCGCCAACGAGGAACAGGAAAGUCGCAAGGAGGAGGCGAAGAAAGAGGCCCGAAGGGCUGCUGCAAGCCACCACCCUGUUGCCGAGCAACCAGGAGUUGGGGACGAAAAGACCGAUGAUGCUGACUCCUGGGACUCGGAACUGAGCGGUGCGGAGGACGAGGACAAUGAAGACGACGACAAGAUGACCGAGGGUUCGUUCGUCAAAAUAUCACCCGAGCACGCUAGUGCCACUGGCGAUGAACUCGCAGAAGACAAGGAGGAGCCGGACGUCUACGAUGUUGACGUCCUUGCCUGGGACAGUCCGCUUUCUCCUCUCCACCUUGCCAUCUUGGGUGGGCACCUCGACACCAUUGAGCUGCUCGUGGACGAAUUUGGCGCCGACGUGCUGUUGCCGGUCAAACUCAUGGAUGAUUACAACUCCAAGAGAGCCAAGGCCGCCAUCUUAUCCCUUGUGCUCGCUUUAGAACCGCCCCUUCAAAAGGCCAACGAAACUGUGAAAGCCCUGCUCGCCCACGGAACCACGUUGGCCCAAGCUGAUAUGAACAGCGUUUCGGCGCUCCACUACGCAGUCAACAGUGGAAAGGCUCUCAUCUUGGAGACUCUCAAGGCCUCUGCGGAUGCCGCUACGUUCCGAAAUGCGUGCAACCACGUGGUCACCUUGAUGCCAUGGUGGAAUCUGUUCAACGUCGAGGUACCACUCGUCACCGCCAUCCGUACUGGCCGGCGGGAGGUGGCUGAAUUUCUCAUCGCCAACGGCGCCAAGACACGCAUUGACUUUGAGUUGUUUGCUCAAGCUUACGCGCGCAAACAGGGUCGUAGCACGGACGACCCGGAGCAGGUCAAGAGCUUAUACGAAAAGAAGGUCGAGCAACCCAUCACGGUGGCCCUGGAGAUGGAGAUGCUGGAUCUUGUCAACCAACUGAUCGAUGAAGGAGGAGACGUCAAUACACUUCCAGCCAAGGCAUACGAAUACUGUGAGCGGCCUGACAUGAGAGGGUGGGAUAAGUCAUUGUUGGAUCUUGUGCAAGAUCGAAUCAAAUCGCUGCGCAAGUUCUUGUACCCGGCACAACACAGGGACACGUCGGAGCGAGCAGAGCCUCUGGGCAAGGAUGAAGAGUAUUUGGGGGAGUUUGACCGAGAUUCAUACCAAUACUGGACUGCUUACCAUGAUUUGUGCGAUGCAAAGAAUGUUCGUCAGUGGCAAAUCGAGAAAGAGCAAAAAGAACUGCAACACGUAAACCAUGAUGGGGAAGAAGGAGGAGAGGAGAAAAGGAUCGCGGUCGAACGCACGCUUGCCGAGCUCACCAAGAUCGAAGAAAAGCUUGUCGCCAAGGGUGCGCAGACAUUUGCUCAAUUGCGGCCAUAUAUUAAGCCUCGCCGUCCGCACUUCUUCCUCCCGACUAGCCCUGACGAGAGCAGUCCUUACACCACGAAGAUAUCGUUCAUGGUCGCCGACCUGACGCCCGAAAAGAAGGCUGAUUAUGUCAAGUUGUUCGAAGCGGCGUGGCAGGGCGAUGCCUCGACCGUCAAAGAGCUCUGUUUGUCAAGGACUCGCCCGCUUCAGGUGGCCGUGCAAGACCUUCGUGGAUUUAGUCCCUUUUCCAUUGCAGUCCUGAGAGGCCAUUAUGAUGUGGCUGAACUCAUCGUCGAGAUUGCGACGGUGCAGUACCGACCCCGCAGCAAGUCGGAAGAGUAUCAUUAUACUCUGCACGCUGGGAGAGAGUAUAAUGAAUACAGUGAUUACAGCGAGGACAGCGGUGACGACGGCGAGGUCGACAGUGACGAAGACGACGUGCGUGUCCUGAGACAGGUCGUCGAUGAGACCUUCACGAUUGACAAUGUCGCCACUCUCGCCGAAAACGUCAAAUCCUCAAUCUCUCCUGCGACAAUGGUGUCGUGGCCCUGCCAGGUGACACGCGCGAUCGAGAACAAAGAAGUGGAACAGUCUGAGAUCGACGAGGCAUUCGAGGCCGACUGGGGUUUUACCCGUUGGGUAUACAACCGUUCAUACCAGUCGUGGUCGUGGUUCGAGAGCGCUUUCGACUAUGUCAACCGGAAGAAGCAGCAAUCUCUUAUACGAUAUGCCAUUUUCACGGAUAACUUGGAUCUCUUGAAGUUCCUGGUCAAGGUUGGUAGUACUCUCGCCAGUCGGUGUGAGAAUGACGAGUCCUUGAAGACGAUCCAACCCACCGAGGUCGAAUUCCAAGUGGCGCUCCGGUUAGGCCGGGUGAAGAUGAUCGAGGAAAUGAUCAAGUCGACCGGGGUCGGACUUGCGAUUCAGAAGAUAUUCCAGAAGGCCGGGCUUCAACUCGACCAGAAACCCCAAUACUACCAAGGGUUGACCGUGCACGGCAGGAAGAGGCAGGACUGGACAGAGGCACGUCGACUCGGUUACAGGCACAGACAAGACACGUCGGACGCCCCCAACCCGCGUCUGACGGCCAUCGCCGAGGGGAACCUGCGAGCAGCGCAGUACUUUCUUGGUGAUGGUCCCUUGCGCCGAUAUCUCGAAUUUGCAGAGACUCGGAACUCCAAGGACGACGUGCAUAUUCAAGCACUUGCCAAAGCCGAGGGUGGGGUCGAGGCCGCACUCCAGACUUGGCUUUCGACGCGCAGCCAUCUUGCUCUCGAUCUGGCGGUUCUGUCGCCUCCCCUGAGGGAUGGCUCUCAGCCAGUCCUUGAUUACCUUUUGCGGAAAGAACCAGAACUUGACCUUCUUGACAGUCGCGCGGCCGACGGCAGGACUCCGCUAUACGUCGCCUUCGAGGCAGGUCGAUACUACGCGGCGAAAAAACUGAUCGAAGCCGGUGCGGAUGUGACUAUCCGAGACGACACGGGCCGGAACGUCUUACAUGCGCUCCUUGACCAGAUCGACCACCGCCACCACGCACUGCUCAGGUCAGUGUUGAGGCUGAUGGAUUCUGAGACUGUGGGCAGACUGUUACUGGAGCGGUGCAACGACAAUACCGAAACCACGACGGCGACACCGACGAUACUGACUCCUCUCGCACUGUUUCUCAAUCGCAUUGACAUUUCUUCACCGCGCAGCGACUGGGAACGCAGUCUCGCGCUUCUCCUAUCCUAUUCCAAUGGUCAAGACCUCGAGAUCAUGGACGGCGCGGGCGAUUAUCCGCUUCACACGGCCGUUCGCCGAGGUCACCUGGGUCUUGUCCGGUUCAUUGUCGAAUAUCGUCCGAGCCUGCUAUACUUUGAAAACGCCACGGGCAUGACGCCCGCGCAGGUCGUGACCGCCAGUUAUCUGAGGAAAUUGACCGAAGACCCGCCCAAGCUGGUGCAGACCCAGAAAUGGAGCGUGGAAAAUGUCUCUCCCAAGGAGUUUGUGAAGCAGAAGAAGCGACGGGAAGCUGACGAGAAUCAUGUCCACGACGACGUUCAAGUUGUCGACGAUGUUGUUGACGAGGACGAAGAUGACCACAUCCCCGGGACCACGACCACCACAACCAGAGACCCGCCCGGAAGGGGCGUAUCAAGAAGCAACCAGUGGAAAAUGAACCAGCUCAUCACCGACUUGAUGAACAAGUAUCCCUCCACUAGGAAACUGGUCUCUCUCCACGACGCCAACCAGGUCGCCAAGCGGUUGGCUCUGCAGCAGCAGCUGAAGAAGAAACAGAAAGAAGAAGAAGAAGAACGGAAAGAGCAAGAAGCCCGCGCCGGUGGUGGCGGCGGCGCCGUCGUCAGGCCUCGGUGUUACUUGUCUCCGAAUAACCCUUAUAUCUACGGUAAAGAAAAAGGGAACAAGGAUCAAGUGGUGUCGCAAUAUUUGGACCGUGCGAAGAAUUCAGUCACGCCGUGGGAUUGGCUUGUGUGGAGAAGAGAGGAAGCCAAAGAAAAUGAUGAAGAUGGUGGUGAUGAGGCGGCGAAAGAGCUGCAAAGGCUCGAAAAGGAGUAUUCCGAGAAGAUGCACCAGCAGAUUAGGUGGUGGGUGCCGGCGUUGAAGUGACGGAUGGUACAAGUACAGUAUCUAAUAUUUAGGCAGGUACUAGGUAGGUAGGUAGGUAGGUAGGUAGAUAUUGUACUGUAGGUGGUGACACAGGUUUGAGUUACAAUUGGGUUCUUGCGUGUAGUACGGGUUCACAGUUGACGCUAGCUUAUGGUGCUGGUUGAUGAUUGAUGAUUGAUAG